AUGCGCAAGGAGGUAACGGCUAGUAGCCGCCACUAUGUUGAUAGAUUAUUUGACCUCGAUCCACAGAAAGUUCUUCAAGGUGUCAUAGAUAUGAAAAAUGCUGUAAUUGGAAACAACAAACAAAAAGCCAACUUGAUUGUUUUGGGAGCAGUUCCAAGGUUGCUGUAUUUACUUCAGCAAGAAACCUCCAGCACAGAACUGAGAACAGAAUGUGCAGUGGUCCUCGGAAGCCUUGCAAUGGGUACAGAGAAUAAUGUCAAAUCCCUCCUAGACUGCCAUAUUAUCCCAGCCUUAUUGCAAGGAUUACUGUCGCCAGACUUGAAGUUUAUUGAAGCUUGCCUGCGAUGUCUCCGUACCAUUUUCAUCAGUCCUGUAACUCCAGAGGAUCUACUAUACACAGAUGCUACAGUUAUCUCCCACCUCAUGGCACUGCUCAGUAGGUCUCGAUAUACACAAGAAUACAUAUGUCAGAUCUUCUCACAUUGCUGCAAAGGUCCAGAUCACCAGACAAUCUUAUUUAACCAUGGAGCUGUUCAGAAUAUCGCACAUCUGUUAGUCUCCACCUCCUACAAAGUUCGAAUGCAAGCAUUGAAAUGCUUCUCAGUUCUAGCCUUUGAAAACCCACAGGUAUCAAUGACUCUUGUAAAUGUGUCGGUUGAUGGAGAAUUGUUACCGCAAAUUUUUGUGAAGAUGUUGCAAAGGGACAAGCCUAUUGAAAUGCAGCUCACAUCAGCCAAAUGCCUUACUUCAAUGUGCAGAGCUGGAGCAAUACGGACAGACGAUUCUUCCAUCAUUCUUAAGACUCUGCCAUGUUUGGUUCGAAUGUGUAGUAAGGAAAGACUGCUGGAGGAGCGAGUAGAAGGAGCAGAAACACUGGCCUAUUUGAUUGAAACAGAUGUGGAGCUCCAGAGAAUUGCCAGCAUUACUGACCACCUCAUUGUCAUGCUUGCUGACUACUUCAAAUAUCCCAGCUCAGUGAGUGCAAUCACUGAUAUCAAGAGGCUUGACCAUGAUUUGAAGCAUGCCCAUGAACUGCGCCAGGCUGCUUUCAAGCUCUAUGCUUCCCUGGGAGCAAAUGAUGAAGAUAUCCGAAAAAAGAUCAUUGAGACUGAAAAUAUGAUGGACCGUAUUGUUAAUGGCUUGUCUGAAUCCAGUAUCAAGGUGCGAUUAGCUGCAGUCAGAUGUUUGCACAGUUUGUCCCGUUCUGUACAGCAGCUCAGGACAAGCUUUCAGGAUCAUGCUGUAUGGAAACCAUUAAUGAAGGUUUUACAGAAUGCUCCAAAUGAAAUUCUUGUAGUAGCAUCUUCCACACUAUGCAAUCUUCUUCUGGAAUUCUCUCCAAGCAAGGAGCCUAUUUUAGAAUCAGGAGCCAUAGAACUUCUAUGUAGUUUAACACAGAGUGAAAAUCUUGCCUUGCGAGUGAACGGUAUUUGGGCUUUAAUGAAUAUGGCAUUUCAAGCGGAACAGAAGAUCAAAUCAGACAUCUUACGAGGUCUGAGCACAGAGCAGUUAUUCCAGUUGCUUUCUGAUUCUGAUGUAAAUGUUCUGAUGAAAACUUUGGGACUGCUCAGGAAUCUUCUGUCUACUCGCCCACACAUAGACCAUAUAAUGAGCACUCAUGGGAAGCAAAUCAUGCAAGCAGUGACCCUCAUUCUGGAAGGAGAGCACAAUAUAGAAGUCAAAGAGCAGACGUUGUGUAUACUUGCCAAUAUAGCAGACGGAACGACGGCAAAAGAACUGAUUAUGACCAAUGAUGACAUCCUGCAGAAAAUCAAAUACUAUAUGAGUCAUUCAAAUGCUAAACUUCAGCUUGCUGCCAUGUUCUGUAUAUCUAAUCUUAUAUGGAAUGAAGAAGAAGGUUCACAAGAACGCCAAGAUAAACUACGAGACAUGGGAAUAGUAGAUAUUCUACAUAAAUUGAGUCAGUCAUCGGAUCCAAAUUUGUGUGACAAGGCGAAGACAGCACUCCAGCAGUAUCUUGCAUGAUCAAAGACUAAUUGAAUCUAUGGACGCCCCUCAUGUAUACUUAAGGAAUAGCAGGAAAUAUUCCUGACUCCUUAUAUUUGCACAAGUCACCUUGGGCUGCAUUUUUCUCAGGUGCAGGGAGCUGCUUUGCAGAAACAGUUUAAAUGAUCAGGUCUCCAGUGCACUUGAGAAUUUUCUUGAGGUAGUUUCUUUACUCAGAGGACUCCUGGGGGGUUGUUUUGGUUUUUUGGGUGUUUUUCCUGAGCUACCUGGACUUUCGGAUAGAACAAUCAGUCAUCAUUUUCCUUUUGGGCCUACAAUUUUCUGCUUUUGCUGCAGCCUGCGUGUGUGGAUGUGUGCGGGUGUGCUCGAGUGUGUGCGUGUGCUUGGGUGAAUGUGUGUGGGUGUGAUACCUCAAUUUUGUUUUUCCUUUUUUUGUGUGAAAAUCUUUUUCUACAGGUUUCCAAGGGUUAACUAUUGUUUGCUGUACGAAUACUUCAAUGAAUUAUAUACAGUUUGAAUGAAAUGUUAUUUAAAAAAAAAACCAACCAAACUGUUGUAUCCCAUAAAGUUUAUUUUGAAUUUUGAACAGAUGAAUGUUUUUAAGUAAAAUAUAUGCAUUUCUGAAC